UUUGUGGUGAAGUCAGCGUUCGCGUUUGUCAAAAAUUAAUGCGUUCGAUUUGAAAAUGGAAUCUAAAGUUAAAAGUUUUAUGGACAUAAAAACAAUGCAGGACUGUGAAAAGACCAAUUUAAGUUUGUCGACACCAUUUUCAAUAAAUGACAUUCUGACCAAAGAGAAUGAGUCGAAGUGCGAAUUUGAAAAUCGAAUGUUUUCGGGCGCGUUCGGCGGGAAGAUUAACUUUUUAAAUAAACAAGGAGGAUUCAGCAAAGAGGAUAGUUAUGCGAACAAGGAGGUUCUGGAAAAGAGUAUGAAGUAUUACGACGAUUGCAGUUAUCGUGAUUAUGCCGACGAUGGUGCUUUGGACAUGUCGAGGAAAAACAGUUUUCCAGUCACGGAAUUGUCAGAUGACUACGACUCCCGUUCCUCAACCACCGGCUCCCCAGUCAGAAGGAGUUCCCCCCACUCAGACCAGCCGUACAAGCCGUUCAUCAGCUACGACAAAUGCCCCACGCCUCCCCUCACAGACCAGACCAGACUGAUGACGUCAUACCCCCCGAUAGAGUACGCGCAGAGCAAUGGCAGGAAGAAACGGUCUAGAGCAGCUUUCUCUCACGCGCAAGUCUACGAAUUGGAACGGCGAUUUAGUCAACAGAGGUACUUAUCAGGACCCGAAAGAGCCGACUUAGCAGCUAGCCUAAAGCUAACAGAGACCCAAGUGAAGAUAUGGUUCCAGAACAGACGGUACAAGACGAAACGGAAACAACUGCAAAUGCAAGAGAGCGGCUUGCUAGCUGCCGCUGCCGCCGUCAACCACGCGAGAAAAGUCGCAGUCAAAGUACUAGUCAAUAACAAUGGACAACCCAACUUGGCAGAUCUAAAACCUUACCAAUCACCCAUGUUAGGGAAACCUGUUAACCCAGCGUUAUUUGCCCCACCAAACCUUCUAGAAGGUUCCCCAAUUUUGAAACACUUUGCAGGUGUUUAUGGUGUGGAUUUUGGAAAAAAUCCUGAAUACAAAGCGUUAUUGCAAGAGUCGUAUAAUCAGGCUGUUUUGCAGUCUUUGUAUGGUCCCCAUUUAGGGGUGAAUUAUCCCAAUCUACCCCUACCCUAUAUGUACUAUCCCGGUCAUCCAGCGUUAGGAAUACCUUUAUCUUGUGAAGUUGAUAACAGGAUGCAGGAUAAUGAUAGUUCGAAAGAUUUUGAAGUCAAAAAUGAGAAAAUGGUUGACAAAAGCAAAAAACUGGUUGACUUAAAUGAAAAUAGUAGUGAAAGUAUGGCGAGCAAUAUUGAAGUAGAGAAUUAGUUUAUUUAUGAUAAUUUUGUUAAAGUAGUGAAAUUUAGAGACAUUUUAUUAAAAAAAAGUAUUGUAAAAAUAAAUUAGGGCAGUUCCACAUUUGCACGGAAUAAUUAAAAAAGUGUAAUUUAAUUUAUUCUAAUUAGGUAUACUGUCUGUUGACUUUGCAAUUAAAUAAUAUCAUGUACAGAAAACCAAAUAUUUUACAGCUUAUACCAAAGACUCCAAAGAUAAUUUUAGUUAGUUAUAAAUUUUCCAACUGAAACCAAAGUUAGGUUAAGUGUUAAUACCUUAUUUAAAUUUUAGUUAACUAUAUAGUUAAAUAAAAAGAAGAAGAAACAAAGAUGUCUAUAUAUUUGUAAUUUGCUUUUACUUAACUGGGCGAGUACGAAAAACUACGCUUUAGCCUAUUUUAAUGAACACUGAAUCUGUCAAUUUUUGUCAGUGUAUGACCCUGAAUAUGAAUAGAAAAAUGAUCUGUAAGUAACUGAAACUCGAAAUUUAAUUAAAGCUACAAAAGGUCAAUUUGUGUUUAUAAAAGAAAUUAAAAGUCAUAUGCAGGUAAAACAUGUUUAUCAUCUAAGAAUAGCUCUACACAUAAAUCUGUAUGUUCUGUGAUCUGGUGAAGUAAUAGUCUUUUCGUUUUCACCAACAUUUCCUAAAUUAACUGACAAUUUCGUUUUCACCAACCUUUAGGAAACACCUAACCGCUUAUGAGACUCCUUAAGAUUAGGAGCUAUCGGAAAAAUAUCGAUAAAAGUUCGAUUUUGUGCAAUCACUAAAACAUACGUCAUUCCUUGUAGGGAACCACUUAGCUUGGUGAAAACUUGAGAUAUGAGUCACAUUCAGGGAUUACCUACGCUAAGUGAGCCCUACAUAGGGCAUGAUUUAAUUAUGGUAAGUAAGAACAGGCAUGAAACUCUAGAGAACUUACAAUAUAUCAUAGAUUUCCUAUACUUUUCCUACCUACUGUAUCUCCUGUUAAAUAUGAACAUCGUCCAUAAAUAAAACGCUUACACGAUUUUGAUUUUGAUUAUUAUGAUUUUGAUAUUGAUUUUGAUUAUUGGUUGAUUUGAUUAUCAUGAUAAAGUGUGGAUCGACCUUUCAAUUAUUUGAUUAUAGACAAAUGUUUACUAUAAAUUUUGUACUUCAACUUUCUAAACUCCAAACUGACAGUUUCAGAAAAUUUGAGUUUCAAAAAAAAUGAAAUUUUCAAAAAAGUUAUAAUUUUACAAUAUGUAAAACAUUUAUACACCUGUCAAAUGUGUGUACAGCAAUGUUCAAUUGAAAUGUUAAUUAAUAUUUACAUUGUAAAUAAUGUUUUGUUGUUUAAUUAAUUGUUAAUGUAGUUUACAGCACUUUUGUAAAUAAAGCAAUAUGUGGGUAGUUUACGACAGUUUAAUAAAGGUGCAAUACCGU